GGUCCGCGAAGUCUCGUGUCGUUUUGCUCACGACUCGGUGUGGACUGGGUUACCUCGAAGGUAAAUUCCACCGAAUACCGCAGCGUAGCAUCACGGCUUGUUGCAGACGUAGCCCGAAUGCUGAAGCUGAGUGGCCCGCUCGCGACCACCCGCGCACCAGAGCCCUCGCCUGAGGUUGCGUGGCAGUACACCAAAGCAUACUUUGGGGCGUCACCCGAUGAGACCACUGGCAUUGUAGAGCGUCCUUGGUUUGAAUCCCGGCUUCGCGCACAUUUCAACGGCACGAUGCCUGACGACAUGGCCUAUUACGCGUUGCGAAACGUCAUCUGGGCCUAUGGUUGUCGAAUCGUGCUUUCGAAGACGGCAGGUUUUCGCCAAGUUUCGCAGGUGUCAUGGCCCUUCUUCGAAAAUGCGCUUUCCAUCUACUCAGAGAUUCUGUUCGUGCGUGCUUCUAUGGUUGCAGUGCAAGCUCUCAUUCUGAUGGCAUAUUACAGCGAGGGUUUGGGUAAGAUCUCGCUGCAGUACAUGCUGUGUUCAAAUGCAAUGCGGCUGGCCUGUUCAAAAGGAUUACACAGACAGCCUGCUCGUUCGUGGAAUCUUUCGCCGCGUGAAGUCGAGCAUAGAAACCGGAUGUUCUGGUCUAUUUGUUGCCUGGAGAAACAAAUCUGCUCUCGCUCGGGUCGCCCGUCGGCUAUGGAUGACGACGAGAUCAGCUGUCAGGUCCCACAAAGAGCCUUGAAUGGACGGCCUGAUGUUGCGAGUUACUGCCACAUACUAAUCGAACUGACGCGGCUCUCUUCUGCUGCCAAGAAACGCCUCUCAAGCGCGCACGCCCUGCGGCAAGCUCCUGGUCAACUGAUCGAGACUGUUCGCGCCUUGAAUAAGGAGCUUCACGAUCUGAAAUUCUCCAUGCAGGACGAGUUCUGCCUUGAUGCUCCAUUAGAAGUUUCCGAGCUGCCAAAGGAUAUCACCAUGCGGCAAGCGCAAUCGCUCCAGUACCAUUACUUCUGUCUUAUAAUGGAUAUCAAUACGCCCUUAGCCUACCCCUGGUCGAGCAUAUGUACAUAUGCGAAACGAGAUAUGGCUGCUUCGGCUCAGAUCGACGCGUCAUGGAAUGCCGUAGCUCAGGCCUCACGAUCCGCUAUCCUUGCGACCAGACACAUACGUGUGGACGCCACAUGCUCCGCAAUGAUCGCCCUGUAUACUCCAACGUACAGCUUCAUUAACCUAUUCAUUCACAUUUUGCGGGAUUCGAGUAGGAGUAUGACCACAAUUCAAUCAGAUCUGGCGAUUUUGGAUAUCGCGGUUGGAUAUUUUUCCAGCGUCGAAUUCGCGACCGAGUUUGAACUGAAGCUCUCAUUCGCGAGAGAAUUGUGCCACUAUGCCCAUCUCGCCGUAGACCAAAAAAAAAAAAGUCAACCAGCAUGGGAUCGACGAAAUGAAAGACGAAACAGCCGGCCUGAUUGCACCACCUGA